AUGUCGGAGUCGCAGAUCCUAGUCCGACCUACAGACACACAACGGAGUUCAGGAGGUCGAAGCUCUUCAAUACCACAAGCUAGACCAGGCUCGGAAUCUCUGUCGUCAAGUCCUGGCGUUGCACCCAUUCCUGGAGGACAGUCGAGCGCUACAGAGCUGGCUGGGAGGGGAGGGACUGGGACAUCACCGCCACCAACCAGCGCCGACCCUCGUCCGCUAUCACAGGUCAUCGCCGAGAUAUUCAACUUUGCCGAACCCGAGGAAGUUGUCGCCGAGUACCCGUGCUGGUACCUGCAGAAUGUUCUACUUCAAGGAUACAUGUACAUCACGCAUAGGCAUGUCUGCUUCUACGCCUACUUGCAGAAGCGCACGAACGACGUUGAGAAGAGCGGACAACUUGGAAAGCAAGGCCGCCACAGCUAUAGUUACCGGCGAUAUCACUUCAUCCUUAAGGGAGACACCUUCUCCUACUACCGUGAUGCCUCGGACCCCUAUUUUCCGCUCGGAAUGGUGGAUCUACGUUAUGCCAAAUCCGCAGAGGUAACACUCGAGGGAGAGAACGAGACGUCCGACUUUACCAUCACGACUGCUGACCGGAUAUAUCUCUACCGUGCAGACACAGCCGCUUCUGCAAAGUCAUGGGUCAAGCAGCUGCAGAAAGUUAUAUUUCGAACGCAUAACCAGGGCGACAGUAUCAAGAUUUCACUGCCGAUCGUAAACCUGGACGACAUUGAGCGAAUGCCUAUGUUAGACUUUGCGGAAACAGUCAAGUUACGUGUACUGGACAGCGACGAGACUUUUGCCGUUGACGAAUACUUCUUCACGUUCUUUGGAGAGUCUGGGAGCAAGGCGCUCGAAAGCUUACAACAUCAAAAUGACACGUCUUCGUCGAACAGAUUUGGCGAUAAUCAGGCUCAUGAAUCUGCGGAUAGCCUCGCAACGUCUUCAAACCAGGGAGAAAGCUCGGAUAGUGACGAGGAGAUGGAUCCGAACAUGUCUGCCAGCCAGAUGUUGACUGGUGACAAGGUAUUCGGCCAGCCUACACUCAAGGUUCCCCAAAGCAUUCGAGAAAAAUCGCAAGGAGGAUCUUCAGGCUCGAGUGAGGACCCGAGGGCACCUCUGCAUCGAACAACGACAGAGCAGUUGCUUCAUUCGGAUCGGCCUGUAUCUCGCACAUCCUCCGAACUGGACCCAUCUCGGAGACCAUCUACAGAUGGCUCUGCCAUAGCUCGAAGCAAGCUUGCUGCAUUGUCCGUCGCGAAUGUGGUUCGUUCUUCCGGAAAGCGUAUGGGAUCGUACCUGGGCACCAGUCCGACCGGCUAUAUCAACAAAUUUGCAGAAGCUGUGAUAGGUGGAGCGCGACACUAUGAGGAGUCCGAACACGCUGCCUGCCCAGACUCGCGCCAGCGGGACGUAGAUGCAGUCUCAGAUACGGCCUUCCGACAGCAAAGAUUUCAGGAACACUUUGCUUUGCCAGCCAUAGAAAAGCUGGAAGCUACUUAUUUCUGCUAUUUGCACAAGAAUUUACCCAUGUAUGGAAAAAUCUAUAUGAGCGCCCGCCGUUUCUGCUUCCGGAGUCUGAUCUAUGGAGUCCGGACGAAGCUCGUCAUUCCAUUCCGCGAGAUUGCGAACGUCGAGAUGCAACGUGGGUUCCGAUUAGGAUACUCGGGCAUCGUCCUUGUCAUUCACGGCCAUGAGGAGCUAUUCUUUGAAUUCCGUACAGAGAAUGCUCGCAACGACUGUGCUGGCACUAUUUUCAGGAAGCUCGACCAUAACCAAGCUAUCGCCGAUUCGACAAUACUGCUCUCGGAAAAGCAAGCACACGAAGCCGAAGGUGCAGCAGCCGAGAACCGGCUUCUCCAGGCGGCGCGCAAAGACCGCCCCGAGUCGGCAUCAUUAGAUAUUUCAGGCGAAGACGACAGCACAGGCGUCUUAUCGGACGAUCCGACAGCAUCGCUCGUGGAUAUUCCCACACCCCCUUCGAUGCUUGUGACUUGUCUCACCAUUGGUUCACGAGGCGAUGUGCAGCCCUACAUCGCGUUAUGUAAAGGACUGAUGGCGCAAGGUCACCGAGCACGGAUUGCCACACAUGGAGAGUUCCGCGGCUGGGUCGAGAGCCACGGUAUCGAGUUCGCUGAAGUCGCUGGCGACCCAGCAGAGUUGAUGCGGGUCUGCGUCGAAAAUGGCAUGUUCACAAUUCCAUUCUUCAUCGAAGCGAACUCCAAAUUCCGCUCAUGGCUUGAUGGUUUACUUCUCACCGCAUGGGAAGCCUGCCAGGGUUCCGACUUGGUGAUUGAAAGUCCUUCCGCUAUGUGCGGGAUCCACAUCGCCGAAGCGCUCGGAGUGCCAUAUUUCAGAGCUUUCACCAUGCCCUGGACCCGCACACGCGCAUAUCCUCACGCCUUUGCCGUAAGGAAUGCAAAGAUGGGCGGCGCUUACAAUUACAUGACAUACACGCUCUUCGACAAUGUAUUUUGGACGUGGACCGAGGGGCAAAUCAACAGCUGGCGAGUGAAGACCUUGGGUAUUCGCCCUACGAAUCUUGAUAAACUGCAGCAGAACAAGGUGCCCUUCCUGUACAAUUUCUCGCCGAGUGUGGUCCCUCCACCAUUGGACUUCAGCGAUUGGGUCAAGGUCACUGGUUACUGGUUUCUCAAUGAAGGCAGUGACUACGAACCUCCUGCGGAUUUAUCGGCGUUUAUCAAGAAAGCUCGAGACGACGGCAUGAAAUUGGUGUACAUCGGGUUCGGUUCUGUCGUCGUCAACGAUUCCCGCAAACUCACCGAGCAAAUCAUCAAUGCAGUCCAGAAAGCCGACGUUCGCUGCAUUCUCUCCAAGGGCUGGUCCGAUCGCUUUGACAAGAAAGAUGCAAACGUCCCAGACAUCGUCUUACCAUCAUGCAUUCACGCCAUCCGCUCAGCUCCGCACGAUUGGCUCUUUACACAGAUCGAUGCCGUAGUCCACCACGGCGGUGCAGGAACGACGGGCGCAAGUCUGCGGGCGGGCAAGCCCACUAUCAUCAAGCCAUUCUUCGGCGAUCAAUACUUCUUCGCCACGCGCGUAGAAGACCUCGGCGUCGGCAUCCACCUGUCCAAGGCGACAGAGCACCAGCUAGGCAAAGCCCUCUGGACCGCAGUGCACGACGACCGCAUGCAGACCAAAGCCCGCUUACUCGGCGAAGCCAUCCGCUCUCAAGACGGCGUGCAAACCGCCAUCCGCGCCAUCUACUCCGAUCUAGACUAUGCGCGCUCGCUCAUCAAACAAAAGACCCAACCGGCGCAACAACCCUCCUCUGCGGCCGGGACCUCUGCUUCACCGAAGGACAAAACUGCGGAAAAGGCGGACCUGGAGACAGGUGCACCGGUGCUCGACGAAGACACGGAGGAGAACUGGACCUUCGUCGAUGUCACCGCCCAUGACGAUGCUGCUACAUCAGCAGGUCUCGAGCUCGACCGUUUAGCUGCCAGCACUCCACCGCCCACGAUGCAGCAGCAGCAGCAGCCGGCACCACCGAGACGAGGUCUGAGUAAUCUUCGCCUCGCUCCGUCGCUGUUGGGCAGAAAAUAAGUUCGUGAAUGAAUAUUGGGCAUUUCACAGGAGUUUUUGGAGUAGUGAGGUGCUUUUUUGAUUUCCAGCGUUUCCCUUUUUGUUGGUAUUGAAGUUUGGUAUGUGGGUUGAUGGAUUAGACGAGAUUACGAUUUCCACGAGUGCAAGAUUCGAAUGUCAACGAUAGCGUGUGCAAUAUUACCUACCUCCUCUCAUCGGGA